AUGACAGCCGGCGCACAAUCAAUUAAGGGCCGUGGUCGAACACCCUUGCAGGAUGGCGAGGCGAACCCGCUUGAUCAGUAUGAGCCGGUCGACAACGAGGUCGUGGAGGAGGAGGAGGAGGGCGAGGACCUGAUGGAGAACAUGGAGCGGGACUACCAGCCGCAGCCGCACCUGGAUAACUACGACCCAGAAGGACUAGAUGACGAGGAGCCGGAAGACGAAGUGGAGGACCCUGUCGCCGCGCGCCUUGCUGCCGAGGAGGAACUCAAUAGACGUGACGCGCGCCAGAUGCGGCCACGCCGGACGCUGCCGGACUUUAUGCUGGCAGACGACGAUGAAGACCCGCGUCGUGAAGAUUUCAACCGCCGUCGGAAGCGGCGUCAAUCCUUUGACAUCGCCCCAUCAGAGACACAUGAUGUUCCGCUUGAUUUGGACAUUGAGGAGGUGAAGGGUCGCCUGACAGAGUGGAUUGCUCAGGAGCAGGUGGCGGCAGAGAUUAAGCGCCGCUUCAGGCAUUUCUUACGCAACUACCCCAACGACAACCCCAACGGCCAACAAGUUCCCGGCAGUGCACGACAUCCCGAGAUCUACAUGGAGCGUAUACGGUCCAUGUGCAAGGACAACAAGCGCUCCCUGGAGCUCGAGUACAGUCACUGGGCGGAGUUUCAGCCCACGUUGAGCAUUUGGGUGGCGGAUGCACCUCGUCAGAUGCUGGAAUACAUGGAUGAGGCGGCCACGGAGGUAGUCGAGAAGGUCUUCAGUGAGCAGUUUUUCGACAUGUGGCGGGCGUAUGGCGAGGAGUACCGGGUGCAUGUGCGGCUGGUGGGCCUGCCCAUCAGUGAUAGCCUGCGCGAUCUGCGCAACUAUCACCUGAACUGUCUGGUCCGCGUGGCUGGAGUGGUCACACGCCGUACUGGUGUCUUCCCGCAGCUGCGGCUGAUCAAGUACGACUGCGUCAAGUGCGGUUACGUUCUGGGUCCCUUCGCCAUGCACACAGAGACGGAGGUCAAGCCCAAUGCAUGCCCAAGCUGCCAGUCGAAGGGGCCCUUCAUGGUCAACAGCUCUGAAACCGUGUACCGCGACUACCAGAAGCUGACUCUGCAAGAAAGCCCCGGCUCAGUGCCCGCGGGGCGCCUGCCCCGACACAAGGAGGUCAUCCUCACACACGACCUCAUUGACUGCGCCCGGCCGGGGGAGGAGAUCGAGAUUACAGGCAUGUACGUGUACGGCUACGACGCGUCCCUCAAUGUCAAGAACUCGUUCCCAGUGUUCUCCACUCACAUCGAGGCUAACUUUGUGUCGAAGCGAGAGGAUAUUUACUCUAUGCAUGCACUCACGGACGAUGAUAAGGCCCGAGUGCUGGAGCUGUCCCGGGACCCCCGCAUUGGUCAGCGUAUCAUCAAGUCCAUUGCGCCGUCCAUUUAUGGCCACGAGUACAUCAAGACGGCGUUGGCGCUGUCGCUGAUGGGCGGGGUGGAGAAGAGUCCCUCCCCCGCUUACAGGCUGCGUGGCGACAUCAACGUGCUGCUGCUGGGAGACCCUGGGGUGGCCAAGUCGCAGUUCCUCAAGUACCUGGAGAAGACGGCGCCGCGGGCGGUGUAUACGACGGGCAAGGGCGCCAGUGCAGUGGGCCUUACGGCUGCUGUACAGCGCGACCCGAUUACUAAGGAGUGGACACUCGAGGGCGGCGCACUGGUCUUGGCGGACAAGGGUGUCUGCUUGAUUGACGAGUUCGACAAGAUGAACGACCAGGACCGUGUAUCCAUCCACGAAGCGAUGGAGCAGCAGUCCAUCUCCAUCUCCAAGGCAGGCAUCGUGACGCAGCUGCAGGCCCGCUGUGCUGUCAUUGCAGCUGCCAACCCUGUGGGUGGCCGCUAUGACCCCUCCCGCACCCUGGCGGAGAACGUGGAGCUGUCUGACCCCAUCUUGUCACGCUUCGACGUGCUGGCGGUGGUUCGCGACAUUGUUGACCCGGUCAACGACGAGAAGCUUGCUAGCUUUGUCGUGGAUAACCACAUCAAGAGCCACCCCGUCAAGGUUGCUCGGGACCAGGAGGCGCGGGAGGCGGGACUGCAGCAGCCUGAGGACACCACCAACCCGGUGGACCCGGACAUCCUGCCCCAGGACCUGCUUCGCAAAUACGUGACGUACGCCAAGCAGAACUGCCGGCCAACUCUUCAGGAGGCUGACUACGAUCGCAUCCUCCGACUCUAUGCGGCGCUUCGCCAGGAAGGAGCGCUGACGCACGGCAUGCCGGUUGCGGUCCGCCAUCUGGAGAGUGUGGUCCGCAUGUCGGAGGCCUCUGCCCGCAUGCAUCUGCGCGACUACGUGGCGGACCAUGACAUCAACGUGGCUAUCAAGAUGAUGGUCCAAUCCUUCAUCGGCAGUCAGAAGUUCACGGUGCAGCAGACACUGGAGCGCAAGUUCUCGCGCUAUCUGACUCUACCGCAGGACUACCACUCGCUGCUGAUGAACCUGCUGCGCCAGGCACUGCGGACAGCGCAGAGGGAGCAGGCACUGGGCGGACAGCGGGCAGGAGCGCAGAUCAAAAUUCCUGGCAGGAUCUUGGAGGAUAAGGCUCGUGAGCUGGAGAUCUCGGACGUGGCGUCGCUGUACACGUCGUCAAAGUUCCGAUCUAGCGGUUUCUUGUACGACAGCGUUGCUAAUAUCAUUACGUACGUCUCGACUUGA